GCGGGGGCGUGGCCUAGGGCACGCGGCCGUUGGUAGGUCGCGAGCCGGAGGAUGGCUCAGGGGCAGGGUAAUGAGUGAAAGUGAGGAUGACUGGCUCUCUCUUAUGCCUACUGAACCCUUGCCAUCUCAGUGCUGUGGCAGUGGCUGCAAACCGUGUGUCUAUGAUGUGUAUCAGAAGGAGCUAGCCCAGUGGGAAGAAGCCAAAGCAAAGAAAGACAGAAGCCUCCUGAGCAAACAGAAGGAGGAGAGUAGUAAUUCAGAAUUAAAUCCAGAUACAUUUACUGCGUUCAAGAUAAGCUCUGUGGAACAGCUAACAGAGGACACCUGCCAGUAUACAUUUCAGCUGCCAGGAAAUAGCAGCCUGGGAUUGAGUUUAGGACAACAUAUUGUGUUAAGAGGGAUGGUGAAUGGUUUGGAGGUUCAGAGAGCUUAUACUCCAGUUAGCCCUGUAAACGCUGAAGGAUACUUUGAAGUUUUAAUAAAAUGCUAUGAGGCUGGGCUAAUGUCACAAUAUGUAAAAUCCUGGAUUGAAGGAGACACAGUCUUUUGGCGAGGGCCAUUUGGAGGCUUCCCAUAUAGCCCUAAUCAGUAUGGAGAACUUCUUAUGCUUGCCUCUGGUACUGGCAUAGCACCAAUGCUCCCCAUCCUCCAGUACAUAACAGAAAAUGAAGAUGAUGAAACCUUUAUAACCCUGGUUGGUUGCUUCCAGACUUUUGAAAAUAUUUAUUUGAAACCUCUUCUCCAAGAUCAGUCUCGAUACUGGAAUGUCAGAACAUGUUACGUCCUUAGCCAGGAAUUUUCCCUGGAAAAACUUCCUUGGAGCUAUCAAGAAAACACACACACUGGCCGUAUAACUGAGAACUUGAUUAAGAAAAUGAUAAAUUCCUGUAGAAGAAAGCCAUUUGUGUUGAUUUGUGGCUCAGUAGCAUUUAAUGAAGAUAUGACUAGAUGUUUGAAAGCCAUAGGACUCAAAGAGGAUUCCUAUUUUGUAUUUUAGCAGUGUGUUCCAGACCUGCUUCCUCUGAAAAGAAGUGCAGACCAAGCAUGCACCUGUUUGCUGUUUCCUAUGCAAACAUCAAUUUGAACUUGUCCUUUGACCAGUUUGGGUUUCUCGUGCAUAUAUUUUCAUAUGUUUUUGUAUAAAAUAUUUUAUACAGUGUCUUUAAUAUAAUUCUUAAUAUAUUAUUUUAGAAAUCCCUACAGGCUAGCUGACAGACCAUACUUGCUACAAUAACUUGGCACAGCCAGGAAAGAGAAGAAUGAUAGUGGAAGCAGUAUCUCAGAGUUUCAUGAAAGAGACAUUUAACAUUACUUUUACCUCAUUUUUUUGUGUCAUCACUUUCAUUUUGUAAUUAAAAAGUAGAAGGUAAGUAACUCUGCUCCGAUCUGUGCAUCGUUGUCAUGGCACUAACACCCUGAAAGCCAUUUGGGUCUAUCAUGUCACUCUGCACUACUGGGAACUCUUAAUCCAGAGGUUAUUGCCAUAAGGGACAUUAAGUGUAUGUCUACACUGCACAAAAGACCAGGCUUUGAUGCAGGUUUGAACCUGAGCCCGUUCCAAAUCAGUCAGAUUCAAGUCAGCAAGCAAUCAGGACACAGGUCCUAGGACCUUCCUAGGGCGGUGGGUCAGAGCCCGACUCCUGUUGUGACUCAAGUCCAAGCCCUCUCAUUUUGCAGUGUGAACAUAGGUCAAACCGAAGGUCUGUGUAGUGUAAUAGUAUGGAUGCGUUAACACAGCUAUGAGACCUGGAUCCAGCAAUUGUAAACCCAGGUUUACAAAGCAGUGUGGAUGCUCAAACACGGGCUUGGAAACACUGAGUCCACGAGCCUGGGUCCCGGAGACCCAGAUUUACAAUGUAGUUAGACAUACCCUAGUACUUCUGGUCACUGUGCAUUUAUGGAGCCUUGCCUCAUGAUGUAUUGAUGCACUGGUAUGGGUUUGCACUGUAUACCCAAAAAACGUAAAAUCCUUUAUCAUUUGUGUACAACACUUCACAUGGAGAAUAAAAAUGUAUCCUAAAAAUC